AUGCCCCAAGUAGAAAUCAAAAGAGAAAUAGUGCGUAUACUGGGUAAAAACAAAAGGUUGUUCCAAGAAGGUAUUGGCAGAUGUACAACUGCCCGAGCAGAGCUCAAGUUCAAGAGCGAAGUGGUAACGCCUAAGUUUUUUAGAGCUAGGCCAGUGCCUAUCGCCUUGAGGCCAAAGGUAGAGGCGAAGUUGGAAGAGAUGGUGCGAAAUGGUAUAAUAAGAAGAGUGGAGCAUAGCAAAUGGGCAACGCCGUUAGUAGUUGUGCCCAAACCUGGUGGAAAAAUAAGAAUCUGUGGCGAUUAUAAAGUCACAAAUAGAUUAAAUGAGGCAGGAUUUCGCCUCAAGAGAGAAAAAUGCGAAUUUUUCAAAGAGGAGAUGGAAUUUUUGGGCCAUGUGGUCGAUGAAAAGGGCAUCAGACCAUCUCCAAAUAAGCUGAAGGCAAUAUUAAACAUGCCAGAGCCUAGGAAUUUGAAAGAAUUGGAAUCUUACCUAGGCAUGAUACAAUAUUACGGGAAAUUUAUCCCAAGACUGGCUACUUUAGCAGCACCUUUAAAUGGUCUGCGGAGAAAAAAUGCACCGUGGAAGUGGGGUGCACAGGAGAAAGCAGCCUUCAGUCAGAUACGUGAAAAGUUAACGGCAGCAGAUACGCUAGCACAUUAUAAUCCAGAUAUCCCGGUAGUAUUAGCUACCGACGCUUCAGAAUAUGGUAUUGGUGCAGUAUUAUACCAUAGGUACGAAGAUGGUACCGAAAAAGUUAUUGCGUACGCAUCGCGCUCUUUGACGAAACAGGAGCGCAAUUACGCCCAAAUAGAAAAAGAGGCGUUGGGCAUAGUAUACGGUGUUGAGAAAUUCAAUCAGUUUCUUUAUGGUCGCCGUUUCACCCUCUUAACGGAUCAUCAGCCGUUAGUGAGGAUUUUUGGUCCCAAACAGGGGCUGCCGGUAAUAGCAGCAAAGAGGCUGCAUAGAUGGGCGUUGAGGCUCAUGUUGUACUCUUUCGAAAUAGAGUAUAGGAAGACUACUGAUUUUGGUAAUGCAGACGGUUUGUCAAGAUUACCUGAUCCAAGAGAGCUGCCCAGCUCUGAAAUGGUAGUAAAUGAAUUGCAGGUGCAGCAAAUGGCAGAAGAAGCGAUGGAAAAUCUGCCUGUAGUAGAGGAGGAAAUAGCUAAGGCCACGAGAGAAGACCCUCUGCUGCAGACUGUAGUUAAUUAUAUGCAGAAGGGUUGGCCAAUGAAGGUAAAAGAUGAUAAGCUAAAGCCGUACGCGGUCAAGAAGACGGCUUUGUCAUUACAUAAUGGGUGCUUAUUAUGGGGGAAUAGGGUGGUUAUUCCCAAGAAGUUCCAGCCAGUAGUGUAA